AUGGACAGGCUUGUCUGCAGAAAUAAAUUACAACAUUAUCAAGUUGAUCCGUUUUAUGUACAUUCACUUUAUAUUAGACUUUCCACUCUCUGCCAAAUCUGUCACUGCGAUUACACCUUCAUUCGGAUCAAACUUUCUGCCUCAAACAGUAUGAACAUGUAUCAGCUAUGUCAAAAGGAAGCAGACCAGGAUGGCUUACUAUAUAUAGUUUACACCAGCCAAUCGGAUUUAGUGUUGGGAAAACUCCGAAAAUCACAAUGCAAAUAUUCUGCCGGAUUAUGGAAAUUAAAGCUACGUUCAAACCAAACUUCCAUAAUAUCCAACAAACGGGGUGACGAAAUCUUGUAA